UCCUUCUUCUUCCUCUAUCCAACCGCUGCUGCUGGUGAUUUCGUGUUAGUUGGGCGCUGUAGCCACAGCGAGACGCAGACCGAGGACGUCAGUGGCUUUUCACGGCACAAACCCCGAGACAGCCACUGUAUUAUCCCAUCCAAAAUCACAGCAAUGCGCAGGAAAUCUAGGGUAUUAUUAUGUUUCGCUGUGCUUUGGGUUCUAGGCAUAGCAUAUUAUUUCUAUUCGGGGACAACGCUGAGUCGAAAGGAUGACUGGAGUGGCAUUAAUUCAAACCGAAUUCAAUCACACAGCAAUGCAGAUGACAAAGCCCACAGCCUAGAGACCCUUCCUCCAGGGAAGGUUAGGUGGCAGGACUUUGACCAGGACCUGUACGUGGGAGCUACAGUGGUGAGGCCAGGGCAGGAUCCCUACGCCCGCAACAAGUUCAACCAGGUUGAGAGUGACAAACUCAGAAUGGACCGCAGUAUCCCUGACACCAGACAUGACCAUUGUCGUCACAAACAGUGGAGGACAGAUCUUCCUGCUUCCAGUGUGGUUAUCACUUUCCACAACGAGGCCCGUUCAGCCCUGCUGCGCACUGUGGUCAGUGUGCUGAAGAAGAGUCCUUCUCAUCUGGUCAAAGAGAUCAUCUUGGUGGACGACUACAGUGACAGCCCUGAAGAUGGUGCCUUACUUGGGAAAAUCGAGAAAGUCAGAGUCCUACGGAACGAUCGUCGAGAGGGCUUGAUGCGAUCCCGAGUCAGAGGGGCGGAUGCGGCCACGGCCAAUGUAUUAACCUUCCUUGACAGCCACUGCGAGUGUAAUGAACACUGGUUGGAGCCCCUGCUAGAAAGGGUUGCUGAGGAUAAGACUCGGGUUGUGUCGCCUAUCAUAGAUGUCAUUAACAUGGACAAUUUCCAGUAUGUGGGGGCAUCUGCAGAUCUUAAAGGAGGUUUUGAUUGGAAUCUAGUUUUUAAAUGGGACUACAUGACCCUGGAACAAAGACGAGCACGGCAGGGAAACCCCAUUGCUCCUAUCAAGACUCCCAUGAUUGCUGGUGGCCUCUUUGUAAUGGACAAGAACUACUUUGAGGAGCUGGGCAAGUACGACAUGAUGAUGGACGUGUGGGGCGGUGAGAAUCUUGAGAUCUCAUUCCGGGUCUGGCAGUGCGGAGGCAGUCUGGAGAUCAUUCCCUGCAGUCGAGUGGGUCACGUCUUCAGGAAACAGCAUCCAUACACUUUCCCAGGGGGCAGCGGCACUGUCUUUGCCAGGAACACAAGGCGAGCAGCAGAGGUUUGGAUGGAUGAGUUUAAGAACUUCUACUACGCUGCUGUGCCCUCAGCCCGUAAUGUGCCCUAUGGCAACAUUCAGAGCCGGCUGGAAAUGAAGAAGAGGUUGGGCUGCAAACCAUUUAAGUGGUACCUGGAGAACGUCUAUCCUGAGCUACGGGUCCCUGAUCAUCAGGACAUAGCCUUUGGAGCACUACAGCAGGGUCAGAACUGUCUGGACACACUGGGACACUUUGCUGACGGCGUGGUGGGGGUGUAUGAGUGCCACAAUGCAGGGGGCAAUCAGGUACCAAUCCGAUCUCAGGAAUGGGCCCUGACUAAAGACAAAUCAGUCAAACACAUGGACCUUUGCCUGACGGUGGUGGAUCGCACCGCUGGCUCACAGAUCAAACUGCAGGGCUGCAGGGAGAACGACAGCAGACAGAAAUGGGAGCAGAUCGACAACAACUCCAAACUGCGGCAUGUGGGCAGCAAUCUGUGCCUGGACAGCCGGAGCGCGCGGAACGGAGGCCUGACGGUGGAAGUGUGCAGCCCGUCGCUCACCCAGCAGUGGAAGUUCACUCUCAAUCUGCAGCCGUAGCUUGACACGCCGAUCCCAGCCCUCCCAUUCUCGCCCUCGGACAGCCCGUGCUGGGCACGCACUCGCCCCUCAGAGAUAAUCGCUGCCCAGAUACAGACUCAGGGCCGCCACGGUGCGGUCUGGUGGUCCUCGAGGGCCACGGGGCAAUGAAAACACAAACAAGAUGAUGACUAUUUCCAUCUAACUAUAUACCUCACUGUUUCAUCUGUUGUCCAGCUUUUGGAAAGUGAAUCUUAAGCGUCUAAACUGUAUCGAAACCAUGUUUGGGAUUUUCUUUUCCAUUUUUCCAUUUUUCGUCUUUCUUAAUUUUUGCCUUUUUUUGUCUCAUUUUCUUGAAUUCCAGCUCCUUUUUUUUUUUUUUACAAUGGACAUCCAUUGUUCUUUUAUUUUUCUAGUCACGUUACCAAUAUUGUUGAAUGUAAAUGACGUUUCAUGGAGGCUCCCUUCCUGCGCUGUGAUUGGACUGGAUUUUAGUUUGGGUUUGGUUUAAUUUGUGGGAUCGAGGGGAGGACUCAUUUGUUGUGCGCACCGUCACAGACACUUUGUGGAGGACAACGGCAGCCUCGUGUUUUUCGGCUCACGGUGCUCACUCAAAAAGAGCGGGGAAAAAAUCAAGAGACUUUUUUUUGUUGUUUUCUAGUUUCUAUUAAAUUGUCAAUCUGUCGUUUUCUGUUAAAGGUGCAAUGUGUAAAGAUUCAUCCCGUUUCCCGUAAGGGCCCCUGGUGUGUUCUGAAGGAGAACCGAGACAUUUUACAGAACGUGACUGCUGGAUUCACAUACUGUAGCACUGGCUGCUAACAAAUCAGUAUCUAAAUCAUGUCUUCAAACACAAACAAAUGUUUCUCAGCCACAUUUUUCACUCUAAUCAUUUAUUUCUUAAUUCUGUGUAGCCUUUUUUUCUUCGCCAAGUGUAUUACGUUAAAAAAUCAUGUUAAUAACCUGCUAACUCCAAGCAGAGGCUGAUCUGAAGCUUUGCUCCUGCUUUCUUGGGAUUCGAGCAAAGAUGGAUGUGCAUUACUCCUCAUCUUCCAUGAUUUCUUCUGACUUUGGCAUCAUAACAUGGCCGUUGGAAAAGCUUCUUUCCUGCCUCCUUAAAGUCCUGGAUCUUUUAUUCGCAAGAUCGAUCUUGAUCCUCAGCAGCCGUGGCCAAACAUGGCACAUUAUAUCACUACUUGAGCAUCCUUCUUCUUUUCAUGGUUAAAUGUUACUGCCUUUGUUAUCCAUGAUACUGUAAGGAAAAUGUGAGUUGUUUUUUGUGUGUGUGUGUGUGUGUGUGUGUGUGACUGUGGUUCUAAGCAGCUUUCAAAGAAGUGUGCAUUUGAGAAGCAUCUGAAGUCACAAUAGAGAAACGCAACACGUUUUUGUGUUUGUCCUUUUAAUUAGCAGUUUAUUCAUGCCCCUGAAAUACUUUUUCACAUCCAAACCUUGUGAAUUAUUGUGGUACUUUGGUUGAUUUUAACAGAACUAGUGUUGCUGUAAAUCCAAAAGACAAAGAAGCCUGUGAUAUGUGAAACAAAUCAGUUAACCCACCUGCAUUUCAUGUAUAACACCGUAGCAGUUCUAACUAACUUAUUGUAGGCUAGGGAAUCCAGACUAAAUGAGUCCCUGACGGGCUUUCGGUCAGCUCUCCUCAUGUAUCAGCAGUAAGUGUUAUGUUAAUCUUAAGACUUGUAUAUGUUGGGUUCGUCUGCACCACUCUGUAUUGUCCCAUAAAUAACAGUUCUCCAUCAGCAAGUAUGAAGACGGCAACAGAAACAUGCGGACGACUCUCUCUUGAGUCUGGGCAGAGAUUGUGUGGCCUUUAGGAAGAAAAUCAGUCCACCUACCUGUAUUUUAUUGUCUGCGUUCUGUAGCUUCAUCGGGUUCCUGUAUGUCACAUGAUUCUGCUGGACGAGGAAAGCAGAGGUAGUUUUGCCAUAGUGAAUCACGCCACCUUUCUCCAGUUUAAAUGGAGAAGCCAAUGAAAUUAUGUAAAGUUUGGGCUUUGAAAGAUGGGCUUUUUGAAGAAAUUCGGAGCAAUACAUGAUGGCUAAUCUUUGAAUUGGAUGAAAUGUUUACUUAGCACAGUGUGCCAAAGUCAUUUGCUGUUUUGACUGAAACAUGGAAACACACUUCUACUCCAGACUAGGACGGUUUCAUUUUUAGUAAAUGAAGGACAUGUGGCCCCCACCUUUUUUUUUUUUUGUCUCUUUGGUUUCCUUGAAAGCCAGUUUUAGGAAGAUCUUGAUGUUGCAUUAAAUGGCAAAGGAAACCGCAUGGGGUCAACAGUUGUAAUAGUGUAUAUGUGUGUAUAUACAGUAUGUAUGUCCAUGCAUGUACAUUUACACAUUCAGUUGCAGUUAUAGUGAUUUGGUCAACUGUACAGCGCUUGUAAUUGUUCAUGGUUUUAUAGAUAUUGCAAAGGUUUGAAUGACGGAAAAUAAUUAACUUAAAUAAAA